UCUCACCUCCUACAUAACAGGAACAAUCUGUCGGCCCACCGGCCUUCAGCCAGUCCCUCCACUCCCGGAGAAUCACAAGGCAGCCGGCCAGGGGGAGGGGGGAGGAGAGGCCUGCGAGCAGAGGGGGAAGGAGGGAUCUGUAACUCAUCGACGGCUUCUCCUCCAGGAUCCAGAUGCAGACUCCCCUGUGAAACCCGAAGCUGUGCGCCACUGCUGCAGCAGGCAGACAUCUUUUGUGUGUGUGAGUGUGUGAAUGGUUCUCAAAGACGCUUUGUAUUAUACCCACUCCUUCUUCGCCGUAGUAGGGAGCAGGCUCUCUUUUGGUGGAGCCUGAUGAUGCAUCCGAUGGCUCCACACGGGAUCGGCCUGUCUUUAGCGCUGUGGUCCGGCAGCAGUUUGGCCUCACCAUUCCCUCUACAGAUCCUAGCGGAGGGGAGCGCCACAGAAGAAGAGACCGGCGCCUUGGCCCCGGGUCCUACACAGCUGACCACCAGAAGCAGCACGCUCCUCGACUACCAAACUACGUCCACCGGUGACUUGACGGAUGGGGCGGCUACCGCUCUGGAUCAGGUCGUUGAAUUCCUCCACAGGAACCUGAUCUAUAUCGUCGCUGGAGCCUCGGUCGCCCUCCUUAUGCUCCUCAUCGUGUGCAUCGCGGUCACCUUGAAGCGGAAAUUGAGGAUCAAUGCGUACUACCCGUGCUCUUUCCCCGCAAAGAUGUACGUGGAGCAGAGGGACAAGGAAGGAGGGGUGAAACGCUUCGACCAGGUGCCAGAGAAGGCCCCUAGAUGGCAGCAGAGUGUGCCUGUAGACUCCGGUCAGCGGCUCCAGCAGGACAUCAUGAGGGCGGUCAAGGGUCUCCGGACACCCACCAAAAAAGCUACCAAGGUAGGAGAAGCCGCGCAAGCGGACACCCCUAUCGAAACAACGGAUGGGGAACGCUUGGUAGAAAAGGCAACGGAAGAAGCCGAGACGAAAUGGCACUCGCAAACUGAAGCCAGCAAUGAAGAGUCGCGUGAACAGGGGAUAUCUCUGAAACAGACUGGUCAACCGGAUGUUGAUCCGGAGGACUCACCUCAUUCUGGGGCUGAUCCCUCACCUGUCCAGCCAGACCACAGACCUGAAUCACCGCUCAUUCAAUGCGACUCUCCUAAAAUCCAAUUGAUCAAUGGGGAGAAAACUUCAUUUUAAUGAUGUCCUGCAUCAAUCCAUCAGCGUCAAAGCACGUGUUUUCCCGAUCAGGAGCCUUUAUUUUAUGAUGUGAAAAUACUAAAUGUGUUCAUAUUGUUUAGUAGCCUACGCUUUUUUUUCAGGUUUUGCUAGUGAAUUAAAUCAAUUAUUGCUCUUUUUUUUCUAUGGGGCGUCACCGCACGUCACUGGCUUUCCAUAAACCGACGUUAUGUGGUGAGCCUCCCACAGUUGCACUGUCACAACUGUUGUUAGGGGGGGGGGGGGGG